UCCAUAAUGAUACAACUGUAUCAUGCUUAAAGAAGUAGUUGAAUUUGAAUAUAAAGCAAUGAUAAAUGACAGAAAAACUACUGACAAUUUUAGUCCUAAAGAAACUACACCAAAGGCUACUGGUUCAAAAAUAAAUGCACUCAUGGGUAAAAGACUUUUGGCUCUUUUGGAAAGGGUGUCAUCUGAAAGCCAAUUGUAUCCACGAUCAAUGGCAGAAGGCUUGGAAAUAUCAAGAUUGUAUCAUACUUUGAUGGAGCAAUCAAAGGAUCAAAAUACUACAUUAUCACCAACAAAUUCAACAGAAACAACUUUAAAUCAAACAUCAAAUUUUAUCUUAGUGUGUUUAUUUUUGUAA